GGAAAGAAGAGGACCUGGUAUGAUCUCAGGGAGGAGUGGUUGAAUUUCAUCGCCCUCCUCAGGGGGUGGAUUGAAUCCUACGUCACGGCGUCUUCUGGGUCCCUGAUACCCCUCUGAUACUGACACACACUUCACACACACACACAGCACUCUGGCUGACUGACAGAGGGACACAGCAAAGAGGAAACUGUUAGAGAACAACAAAGACAAACGAAAGGCGGUAAAAGAAAGCCUUAAGAGAGACGAAAAGAGAGAAAAAGGACGGACGGAGAGCAAGAACAAGGAGGGGUCGAAGGUAAAACCAUCUUAUUUUACUGCAUUUCAGCUUGUUGAGAGGAUAGAUGCCCAAAACUGUAUUCGCUUUUAAUAACACAAAAGGGAAAUACUGCAAAUAUUCAGGCCUGUUAAGCACUGGCGAUGGUGCAAAAGAAAAAUAAUCACAUUGAAAGUGCAUCACAGUGAAUCAAUACAACUUCAGAGGUGUAUCAGAGAAACUAUUCAAAUAUUUUAUCCAUGAAUAGCAACAAAACAUAGCAACACUCUCUGAAAAAGUUCUGCACUCCCCCUUUAGUGAUGUAAAAGCUCAUAUAUCUGGACGUCUGUAUGAAAACAUACAAGUAAAGGUGCUCGAUAAAAGUAAAAUGUGUUAAAGUUGCUUUAAAAUCAUCACGUGUGCAUCAGUUAAAGUACGUUUGUUACACAGCCUAAUAUGAGUUUUACUCACCUGGUAUUAAAAUGUGACCGAAUAUGUAUUUAUUGUUCAUCAUAUCAUGCUUGUAUCAUUCAAAUAUAGUAUUCAUCUUUAAUAUAAACCUGCAAAAUAGCUUUACAUUAGGGUUAACAUAUACUGGCAGUUGAGUUAGAAGUUGCGGUUUAUUAGCAAAUGAUAACAGAAUUUAAGAUUUUAAUGAGCCGUUUAUGUAACGCUGCAGAUUUCAGAUUACAGUGGCAGAUUAAGACGUGGACAGUGUAAAAAUAACCACCAAUCCCACCUGUAACAGUCUAAUAUUUCACUGUAUACUUUCCAUCAGAUAGAAUAUCACACCUAACAUUUUUAUUCUUAAGUUACUUUUUGCUGAUGAUAUUGUGUUCUCAUAAAGUAAACUCUAAAAUGCUCAUUUACUGAUGCUGUCAUGAUAAAAAAACAAUCUGUCACUUAUGGAAACGAUGUGAAGUAGUUGUUGCUUCACUUCAGGGGGUAUCAGUCCUCUACUUUCCAGUCCUUUGCUGUAAAACACACACGUUAAGUACACACACACACACACACACACACACACACACACACACACGCAUGUUGUGUUGGUCAGCACCUAUAAAUACCCUCAUGAGACAGACAGAGGAAUGUAGCUACAGCUGCAGAGAGAUCGAGUUGAUGUUGAGGCAUCCGGGACAGUUUUUGUCUUUGUGUGUGUAAAAUAACACAAAACAUGACAACACAAAAGCAAAAAGCUGCUGAUAUGACCACUAACGUAAAACUCUAACGAAUGUGAUUUUUUAUGUUGGUUAUUUUGAAGGUCCAUUCAUCCAAAACUAAAGAUGAAAACCCACGAAUCAAUCUAGUGCCAGUUUUUAGCAUCUUUUUAGCUGUUUGGCUUCGAAGCGACUUCACUCCUUGUGGUUCACGCUCACCUCUCUCAUCGCGAUGUUUUCGUCCCCAAGAGGAGACAGUUUAUGACAAGCUGAUGAUCUCACUCAAGGAGUUGGUGGAGACCAAAAUUAGAGCUACAAGAAAGUGAACAUGACUCAUAAAUAGUUUCCACUGCAUUGUGUAUCUCGGUCUCCAUCACUUGCUCGGAGCUGUAAUUUUCCUACUUUAAUAGGCAACGAAUAAGAACUUAAAAAGGAAGAGGUACAGUUUUGUUUUCGCUUCGGUCAGAACUGCAACCUUGACCGACCUGAGCUGGAAUUACAACAACGCAGACAAACACUUGGUUAGGCACAUGGAGCGUAUAUCAGAAAGAACAGUGUCUGUUCACAUUGUGAGGCAUAAAGCCAAAACGCCGCCUCAGUGGGCACUGACAUGUUGUACUGGUGCAGUCCAGGCACGUGUAGAAGUGGAGAAGCAGGACUGGUAUCACACCCCUUUCGCAAAUCCACAGAUAAAACAUCAAACAUCCUUCAGGUUGGUACAGUCUGAAACAAACAAGUUCCUGUGGUGAGCUCAAACACACUCGUGGCUGCGGAUGGCUCUGGUUCGGUGGUUCUGUUGUUGGUGUUGGUUAUGUUUUCUUUAAACAUCCUCGACUCAGCUGAUCUGCAGAAACCCGAAUUUUUAACAGAGCCGUCAAUUAUUUUCUAAACAUCAAGACAGUCAGGGAGAUGAGAACAACAUUGAUGACAGAAAGCAUUUUAGAGAAAAAGUCAUGGACUUGUAUUUGAUUGUACCGUUUGACCUCUAUCUAUCUGUUACAAUGGGGGAAACUUGCUGUAUGACCUGUAGUGCCUAUAACCACCAGGGGGAGCUCUACACAUUCUGGCUUUGCUCGGCUUCAGCUGAUGUGCUGUCUAUGUUUAUACCAUGUAGGGGUCGGAUAGCUGAAUAAACCAGGAUUUUUUUAAGAAAUGGCAACCGGAAAACUUUGGUGUCAAACACAGAAAAACAGCACUGAUUGUGUUUGAAGCGUCAGUUAUAGUUUAAUAUUUGUUAACGAUAAGUUCAAAAUCUAACCUUGACUGAAGAGACACUCUUUGCAGUGGAUAUUGACAUGUUAAUAAAGUCCAUCGGUAACUACGCACAGGCCGACGCGUGUAACUCGACUGUGUUGCUGUCCAUUUUCUAUUUCUUUUCGCAUACUUCGUCACAUAUAUAAACCGAAUAAUUAAAAGACUGAGAAUAAUGUAAUAGGUAACAAAGUUUUUGACAUGAAAAUGUGAGAGUAACAUUUGAAAAAGCGUAUGAUGUAUAAUAUGAGAUCGCAUUAAGUGACAAAUGUCUGUAUGCUUAAAUACGGAGGAAGGAAAGUAGGAAAAGACGUAAAACUAAAGGAAAUAAAUCAGAAUGAAAUUAAAGAUAAAACUCAGACAACUAAAAACUUUAGACAGAUUGAAAAUCUAUCAAUCAAAACCUCCUUCCUGUAUUUGACCGUCAUGAUCAGCAUCUGAAAACCACACAAACAGGAAGUUGAACUUGUAGUCAUGUGGAUUUUCAAUACUGUUUGUUGCUGAUAUUAGGAAGGUGUAAAAGGAUCCUAAAAUACUUCUAACCUCGUGUUUAACCACCUCCCCCUCAGGUUACCCAGAAGUCUGUGGUGCUGCUGUUGUGAAAUACGAUGCUGUUGUUAUUUACAGUGUAUUUGUCUGUGGUGAUGAUGAUGAUGAUGGUGGCGGUGGGGUUUGGAUUGAGGGGUUAGGUCUGGAUCUCCUGAUGACAGAGCAGCUGCUCUCUGCUCUGACCUUGGUCCCAGAUAUUUCUGUAGGCUGAUCUCUGCUCAGCAAAGAUUAUUUCCAUACCAAAGAAUCCCCUAACAAGAGAAACGCUUCAGAGACAUGUCUGCAGGAACCUGAUUCUACAUUAGGUGUUAUUUAAAGUUCCUUUACUCGAGUAAACUCUCACAGUAAAUGUAACACAACAUAAAACUUUAGAGAACAGGAAUAGUUCACGAUAAGCAGCUCAAAACCUUUGUCGUCAAAAUCCGAUGUCGUAUCACACAAAGUGGACAUACAACAACGCAGAUGUCCUGAGAUAACAAGUUCAUUUCUGUUGUUUUCUCUUAACUUGUCCAGUCAAAUGAGAAUCUAUUUUGAUAUAAUUUUCUGCAGAAUCACAAUUUCAGUCCAAAGUCAAGAUUUAAAGAACCAAUGAACAAAAUGCACUUCAUUUAAAAGUUAAAAACUAUAGUUAGCCUCUUACAACUCAGCCUUAACAGUUCGGUUAAACACGAGUUCUGCUUCUACCAAAAUAAAAAGACUUUAAUAGUCUGAUACUGAGAAUAAGCUCUUUCCUGUUUGAUAAACUUUUACUUGUGGGAGUUUUUUUUAGUGUUGGUACGUUGGCAUAAAUAAAGAUUAACGAGCACAUCUAAUAAUUUAGUAAACUCUGAAAAUACCCCAGAGUUAUUGGACAGAAAUACAGUUGAUGUUUAUUAGAAAAACUGAAAAUACUUUAAUAAAACCCUCUCUAUGAGCCUGUUAGCUCGGUAAAAACAAAGACGUUAUUUCACGUUUCUUCUUGUUGAUUUCACAUUAAACGUGUUUUUAUCCUCAUCAUCAUCCUGCCAGUUGCUCCUGUCACUGACUUUAUCACCUCCACACGUGUUUUAAUGCCUCCGUGCUUCAAUCAGAGUCACGUUUGCAGAAAUUCUGCUCCUGUCACGUUAAACAAUCCACCUGACUAAAACUCAUGCUGUUAUUUCCUUUGGCCGGUCAUCCAGGAUUACUGAUCACCCCUCCAUUUAAUUAAAUUAAAUUUAAUUUAAUUGUAUUGAGGUUAUGAAGUGUCCUUGCUGUGAUCUGUUGCACUUUCAACUCUUUUAAGGGUGAUAGCACCAUCCUAAAAAGCCUGUAUGAUCUGUAACUGUGAGCCCCUCCUCCUCAUAUGACACCGGCGACAGCUGCUGCUCCGUCCUGUGUGAUCCCGGCUCCUCGUCCCCGCUCUGUCCAUGUGAGGAGGCCGCUGCUGCUAUUUAAAACGAGCCAAGUUCAGGCUCAGAGUAAAAGGGGGGUGGUUCAUGGACAUAUUUGGGGUCAUGACGUUAGUUUAUGUUCCUACAAUGAUAAAAAUUAUGAGCUCUGCUGAUAUUCAUUCAGGUUUCAGAGAAAUGAGUCACAGCAGCGAUGACGAUGGUGUCCGCAUUAUUGGUACAGACUGUAUCGUUUAAAAUAGCCACCAGGUGAGUUAUGAAGAGGUCACAGACAGGUGUAAUCAGACCUAUAGAGACACCAGAUAACUGGGUCAGACAUUUACCUUCUGAUGCCAGCGCUUAGUAAGAACAUCUAAUGCUGUAACAUUAUAUGUAUGCCACAAGUUACAUGUUACAUAGCAUAACCCCCCCAGCGUACUGUUCCACUCUGAAACUGAACCUGAAGGUGUUUCCAGGCAAGUCAAAAUGUCCCACUUUAGCCUUCAAAAAAAAUCAACAGAAAAUCAACAGAAUCUGCAGCUUUAGUAGCAUGAAGGCUUUUUCUGAGCUCAAAGAUAGCUUAGCAUUUAAGUGUCCUAACAGUAUGAAAACCUGAAUGAAAUGAAAGUCUGUACAAAGUUUGUAAAUUACUCCUCCUUUUCCAUUUUUUUUCCUUUUGGGAUAGAUCAAGGCUGACUUUAUGGCCCAUACUGCAACCAGUCACCAGAGGGAGCUCUUUUUACUUUGGAUUCACAACCGAGAAGCUUCUGUGUCGCUUAUUUUACAAUCUAUAAAUAAAGAACAUAAAAGAUGAAUGUUUUUCUCCCUAUGAAGUCAGUGUUUUUAUCUACUGAAAGAGACUACAAAAGAGAGAGGGGGAAGAAAACUACAAAAAUCAACAUUAAAGGGCCUCAUAUCUCACCUUCGGAUAAUCCCGGGCUCAAAAAUGUGGUCCCUACUCUCGCUGUUACAGCCUUUCCUCGAUCCAAACAUUAAUAAGAUUCUCAGUUGCUUUGCGGGUAAAAUACACAGCAUGAGUAAUGAGACGUUGAAUGUCCAGGGGGGUGGCUGUAAACCACAAACUCAACCCUGAGCUGCAUUUCUGGACCGCCUCACAAAACAGACACUCGCAGCUGUCAUUCAUCGAUUUAGAAGAAGUGUAAACCCUUUGUCUGUUUGUCUUUGUCCAGUGUUUCAGUUACCAAGUUGUAAAAAAAGCAAAAUUGGAGGCGGAAACAAGAUGGCUACAUCUACGAAAGUUAUUUAAGCACUUGCCUUGUAUUCAUACUUUUCUUACUUUGAAAAUAAGACGUUGACCUGGACUGAAUGGUAACUCAAAUUUUUUUUUUUUUUUUUUUUUACAAUUUAAGUUUUUAUUAUGACGGAGUAUUAGGGCCACAUAAGGAAGAAAAAAAAAUAUUCUUCGAGAUUAAAGUCAUUAACAACAAGAAUAAAGUCAAAGGAAAAUCAUUACUUACGAGAACAAAGUCGUAGUAAAUUCAUUACUUAUGAGAAUAAAUUAUUAAAAACAACUAACAACAGGUUAGAAUAGCUAUUAGCUGCGACUUUACUCUUAUAAGUGAUGAUUUUGUUGGGACUUUAUUCUUGUAAGUAAUGAUUUUAGUACGACUUUAUUCUUGCAAUUACUUUAUGACUUUAUUCCCGUAAGUAAUGAUUUUAUUAAGACUUUAUUCUCGCAAGUAUUUACUUUAUUACAACUUUAUUCUCGUAAGUAAUGACUUUAUCAUGACUUCAUUCUUGUAAGUAAUUCUGAAGUCUUACAUUUUUUGUUUUUUGAUGUGGUCUUAAUACUCUGUCAUAUUUUAUAAACUUGAAAGUUGCUUAAUAAAAACUACAGUCGUUUUAACACCCAGGUUUCUUGUCUGUUUUUUGUUCCAGGUGCUGUGUGCUGUGUUAGAGUGAAACCAUCAACGAAAUCCCUGAACCAGUCUGUCCAUUGUGCCGUUAAGUUGGUCGAUACAAAGCUACAACAUCGAGCUAAAAGCAGAAAAGUUCUGCUAGUUUGUAUUAAUUUAAGUCAGCACUUACUUUAAUAUCAAGACCUCAUCUCAGUGAACCGAACAAAGAGAGAGAAACCUAAGUUUUAAAACUACGAAAACCAACCCCAACGGUCAACAAGAUGGCGCCCAAGAAGAAGGCCCCCCGUCAGAAGAAACCUGCUGUGGAGACAACCCCUGAGGUCGUCCCGGUCCCGCUGACGGUGGAGAGCCGCGGUGACGGUGUGGUGGUGGUGGACACCGGGGUGAAGAAGAUCGAGCAGAUCGCAGCGCUGGACAUCGCCAAGCUGAACAGCCUCAACCUGCCGCUGCCGCCCCCCGUCAUCAAGCCGGGAGAGAGAGGCCUCGGGCUGGGCAGCGAGCUGACGCGACCCCUGCAUGGAAACGCCCUGCUGGAGGAGCUGAGCAAGAUGCGACAGGAGAAGUACGUGAAGAUGCUAAUAUUUAUAUAAUCGUCAAAGUUAUUGGUAACACUCGACGAUAACCAUAAUUAAUAAAUGGUAAAUAGUUAGUUUCUUAAUGUUUAAUCAUAAUUUAAAAACAGCAUAUAGACCAAUUAUAAAUGGCAAAUAAUGUGCAGAUUAAACAACUGAAUGAUAUGAAAGAAAAUAUGAGCUAAUAUAGAGUUAAUAAUACAGUGCUUAGUCGGGAACGUCUGCACAACAUUGCACAUCUCUAUGCAUGAUUCACUAUGAAAUCCACAUGGUUUUGUACUUUUUGGUCUUUAUUCUAUGACUGUUGUCUUGGAUUAUAAAUCUGCUGUUUUGUAUGUCAUUAAUUCAUCCUCCUCCCAAAGGUUCCUGACUGAUCUGGAGUUGGCCUGUAAGACAAAAGCCUUUGACGUCCACAAGCUGGUCAUUUCGUCUGUCAGUCAGUACUUCAGGGAGAUUCUGGCCAAAGACCCCGGCAUGAAGCGUCUGGAGCUCCCCUCACUCUCACCUCUGGGUACGCUUGUGUUUCUGUACUUCCGUCUGUAAUAAUAUGGAUUUUGGUCCCACUGUUCUGCUUUUGAUUUAACUGAUGAAUCAAUCCCCCUAAAGAGCAGGAUGUUGAGAACAAUGUGGAUAAAAAAGAAAAGUCCUGUUUCAUAUGACAUACCUGUAAAAAACUCCAGUUACACUAUUUUCUCACUCCAUGUGUCCUCAGGCCUGGCUAAUGUCAUCACCUUCGCCUAUCUGGGUCGUGUCCAUAUGUCGCUUUACACCAUCGGCUGCACCGCCUCUGCUGCUGCCACCCUGCAGAUCCCUCAGCUGCUCAAGAUGUGCAUGGACUUCCUGCUGGCCGAGCUCAACGUCCAGACCUGCGUCUACAUCUGGAACAUCGCUUCCGCCUACGGCCUGCUGCCCGUGUGCGACGCGGCCCGCCGCUUCGUCCUGGAGAACUUUGUGCAGUUCGCUGAUACGCCGCUCUUCACCCAGCUGACCCUGGAGCAGAUCUCUGCCUUCCUGCAGGACGACUCUCUGCUGCUGCCGUCAGAGGUCACGGCCUUCCAGGUCAGACGUCACUCUUUGUCUUCAGAAGGUCAAAGGUUCAAAUUUGGAAGAGAAAAACAAGGUCGAAACACGAUCCAAGUCGAGCAGUUUUUAUUUAUCUAAACAUUCUAACAAAGAUAAAUCAGCUGCUCAUGAAUCUGAUGGUACGAGGGUUCAGUCUUAUUGAUUCAAAAGUUAGUUUCCAACAUCUUUGCAGUUAAACUGAGGAGAUAUUUCAUGUCUUCGGGGGCGGCUCUCAGCUUUAACUCCUCGACCCUCUUGACAUUCCUGCUAUUUUCAUCGAGUCCUGAAAACAGACCCCAGACCAGCUGUUAAGAGCAGCACACAGAUCCAUGAAUCAAAGCGAGUCACCUGCAGGUGGACUGUUAGCAGAAUCCACUAAAUAUAACUCACUGUAUGCAAGAGCACUGCUUAUUUAUUAAUACACAACUGCAUGUAUGACAGAUUUAAAUGGACAGGCAGCUGAGGGGAGGCAGGGCGAUGAGAGUUGUAUUUAUAAACUAAACUAAUGUUGGUCUGUGAAUGCAGAAUCAUUUUAUCUGUGGUUUAUUUCAUACUGUAGUCUUAAAGUGAAGGACUGAUCCUCAAAGUGAGUUUGUUCAAUAUGACCUUGCUGUGGGGUUUGCCAAUAAACAUCCCCACUCGAAAGGUAAAAAUUACAAUAUAAUUGACCUGACUCUAUUUGAAGUACUUAAAUUUAACUUGACUGAUCCUAAUCAAACAACUUUAUACAACCACAAUUCACAGAAAGUUUGGAGACUGUUUCAAAUGUUAAUAAAGACAGAAUUAGAUGGUUCACAAAUUGUGGAUUGGAGGAUUUCCCGUCUUCCUCUUUGAACCAACAUUUAUUUUAAACUGUAUUCAGUUUAUUUUUUGCAUUUUAAUGUCUUUAAAGGGAUAUUCUGGCGUAAAAUUAAUUUAGGGUCGAACACCGCAACACUGAGUUAGACAACCCCGUCAAGAGAUGAAUGUUGCCGACCGCUUGCUCCUCUAGUUAAACCAACUUUAAUAACGACCGCAGGAUAGCAAUACAGAGAGCCAUGCGCUUAACCAAAACACCACUCUAUAGCCACGAAUAAUGCUCAGAACAGCACCUAACUUCAUCAACAGGACAUACAGGGUCACAGACAUAGUACUAGACACCAAACAUCUUUUUAACUUUGACUAAUUUCUUUAGCAAAGAGACUAAACACAACUCACCUACUCUCUUCCAGCAGCUGCUUGUUUGUAGCGAGAUCUCAGGCCAGUCCAUUACAGAUUACAGCGGGGUGCCGCAGCUCAAGGAAGAACAUUUAUGAUCAUUUCUUCAUGGAAAUACAAUCAGACCGAGACGUUAAGGCAGAAGAACUACCGCGUCUGCAGAGAAAAUGAUUAAAAUGAUGAUUAUUACUUCAAGGAAAUGAUAAAGAAAUGAUCAUAAAUGUUCUUCCUUGAGCUGCGGCACCCCGCUGUAGUCCGUAAUGGACUGGUCUGAGGUCUCUCUACAAACAAGUGGCUGCUGGAAGAGAGUAGGUGAGUUGUGUUUAGUCUCUUUGCUAAAGAAAUUAGUCAAAGUUAAAAAGAUGUUUGGUGUCUAGUACUAUGUCUGUGACCCUAUAUGUCCUGUUGAUGAAGUUAGGUGCUGUUCUGAGCAUUAUUUGUGGCUAUAGAGUGGCGUUAUUGUUGAGGUCUGUUGGAGAAGCAAGCGGUCGGAAACAUUCAUCUCUCGAGGGGGUGUUUAAUUCGGUGUUACGGUGUGUUUGACCCUAACUUAAUUUUCCGCUGGAAUAUCCCCGUAAGAUAGUCUCAAUAAUACACACAAAGCUGUGUAAAGUAAACUCUCAUCAUUUUCUUCCACAUCGGAGCGCCGGUGUUUCUCUCGUUGAAUUUCAUCCUCCAUCUCUCUCUGUAGCUGGCCAUGAAGUGGCUCGACUUCGACACCACCCGUCAGGCUCACGCCGCAGAGCUUCUCUCUCACAUCCGCUUUGAGACGAUCCCCGCCAGUGAGCUGGUGAGUCAGAUCCAGCCUGUGCCUCGAAUGAUGAUGGACCCUCAGUGCCACCGCCUGCUGGUGGACGCCAUGAACUACCACCUGCUGCCUCACCAGCAGAACACCCUGCAGUCCAGACGCACGCAGGUCCGAGCCGGUCAGCAGACUCUGCUCACCAUCGGCGGUCGACCUUCGCUCACUGAGAGAGCUCUCAGCAGGGAGGUCAGUCUACAAACCAACGUGUUCCUGUCUUUUCUUUGUGUUAAAAAAACACCAGAUCAUCCCUCACUGACCUCAAACUUUGUGGUCCAGGUGCUGUGGAGGGAUCCUCGUGAAGGUGGAGCCACCUGGCGUCACCUCACCCAGCUGCCAGCAAAGAGCUUCAACCAGUGUGUGGCUGUGAUGGACGGAUUCCUGUAUGUGGCCGGAGGAGAGGACCAGAACGACGCCCGCAACCAGGCCAAGCACGCAGUCAGCACCCUCAGCAGGUAGUAACCCAGAGCGGGGGGCGACUCUAAACCUGAUCAGACUUCUUUGGAGGUCAAAUACAGAAAUCCAAACAAAAUUCUUGUAAAUCCCAAAGUGUCUAAAUCAAGUGGUGCAAGUAAAACUUUGCAGGUUAAAAACUGACCAAACAGAGUGAAGAAUGAAACAACUCCUUAAAGGGAUAUUCCGGCGUAAAAUUAAUUCAGGGUCAAACACACCGUAACACCGAGUCAGACACCCCCUCGAGAGAUGAGUGUUGCCCAGUCUCAGCCAUAGUACUAGCCACCAAACAUCUUCUCAACUUUGACUGAUUUCUUUAGCAAAGAGACUAAACACAACUCACCUACUCUCUUCCAGCAGCCACUUGUUUGUAGCGAGACCUCAGGCCAGUCCAUCACCAACUAUAGCGGGGUUUCGCAGCUCAAAGAAGAACAUUUAUGAUAAUUUCUAUCUGCUUUACUCUUCUCCUUCACUAGAUACGACCCUCGCUUCAACACCUGGCUCCACCUGGCCAGCAUGCGUCAGCGCCGCACCCACUUCUCUCUGGCAGCCAGCGGCGGCCGCCUCUUCGCCAUCGGAGGCCGUAACGUGGAGGGUCUGCUGGCCACCACUGAGAGCUACCUGCCCUCCUCUAACACCUGGCAGAUGCGUACUCCCAUGGAGAUGCCGCGCUGCUGCCACUCCAGCGCCACCCUGCCUUCUGGAGACAUCCUGGUGACCGGAGGUUACAUCAACUGUGCUUACUCCCGCUCUGUGUCGUGCUACAAGGUGGAGAGCGACACCUGGAGCGAGUGCGCCUCCAUGGAGACACCCCGCGGCUGGCACUGCUCCACCACCCUCGGAGGAAAGGUCUACGUGGUGGGAGGAAGUCAGCUUGGGCCUGGUGGUGAGAGGGUGGAUGUCGUCUCAGUGGAAGUCUUCUCCCCGGAAAGUGGCACAUGGAGCCGGGCGGCCCCUCUGCCCCUGGGCGUGAGCACCGCCGGUUUGUCCCCGCUCAAUGAGAAGCUGUACCUGCUCGGCGGCUGGAACGAGGCGGAGAAGCGCUACAAGGCAGCCGUGCAGAGGUACGACCCGACUACCGACAGCUGGUCCAUGGCUGAGGAUCUCCCCGAGCCCACGGUGGGAGUAUCCUGCUGCACCCUGACCUUGCCGCCUCGCCCUGCACCGCGUCGGCAGCAGCACCGCAACACCCCAGCCCACGAAGAGCAGCAGCUGAAGAACCGGAGCAGAGAGAGCAGCGUGACUCCUUCACAGACCAUCACAGCAUAG